UCCGGCAACGGUUGUCUUGGCGCGGAAGGGCGGUUGUCGCGGUGAGGAUGCCGGCCAAGGGGGGGAAGAAGAAGAAGACUGAUGGACUCAAGGCUGCCAAGGCUCGGGCUGAGGAGGCCGAGCGGACGCUGCGCCUGCUGCGUCAUGAGCUGGCGACGGCAACGGCGGCGGUGACGGCGCAUGCCGAGACCAAGGCCGACCUGGUGGCGGAGAACCAGGUGCUAAGUGAUCGGAUCGAGACACUGGAGCGGGAGCAUGACGUGGUGGUGGCACGGUUGCAGGGCGUCAACUCUGAGCAGGAGAAGCAGAUCAAGAGUUUGAACAAGCAGCUGAGGCAGAUGCACGACAAGUCAUCUGCAGAAAAGCUCGAGCUGGCGGACAAGUACGAGGUGCGGAUCCGGCAGCUCAACGGCGAGCUCGCCGACGCGCACAAGGAGAUUGAGGAGCGGAACGAGGAGCGGGCUGCGAUCGACAAGUGGCGCAAGCUGCGCGACAAGAUGGCCAACGACCUCGUCCACCUCAAGGCCGAUGUGGAGGACCGCGACAAGCGGCACAAGGAAGAUCUGCUUGACAUGCGACGCCAGCAGCAGCUGGAAAAGCGGUAUUGGAACCUGGAGAAAGACAAGGAGAUUGCGCAGAUUCGCGAAGACGCGGCGCGCCGGGCAGAGGACGACAUGGAUGACAAGAUCAAGCACAUCAUUGCUCUCAACGCUGAGCUUCAGCGCUCGCGAGCGCUGCAGGAGAAGAAAGCAGCCGAGUUGGCGCGCAAAAACGAGAUCUAUGUGCGGAAGAACAAGGAGCUGCUCCGCGACAAGGAGUUGCACAUGCAGAUGCACGAGCAGUCUGCGCGCAAGGCGCAACGGAUGGCAAAACGCAUCGCCGAGGCCGACGCCAAGAUCCUCUCGCUCGAGCACGCGCUCACCGCUGUUGUCCAUGAGUUUGAUGAGGAGCGUGAGCGGUUGUUGCAGCAGACAGCCAUCGAGCUGGAGGACACGCAGCUCGACGCCGAGGGCCUGCGCAAGCUGCUGGCGCUGAAGAACAAGGAACUAGCGCACAUUCGUGCGCUCGCGCGGCGGGUCCUCAACCAGCGGACCGAGCUCGAGCAGUUCCUACUCGACUCACUCGAGUAUGUCAAGGGUCAAAUCACCGCUCGUGCCGCAAAGGCCGAGCUCGCUGACAAGGCUGCGUACGAGGCGCAACUCCGUGACGCCGCCGCCGGCCUUGCGCCGUACCCGCCGAUCCGACCGGCCGGCGCCGCAGACCCCGCGCGCGCCGUUGUCCGCAAACUGACUAGCCUGCGGACGACAGCGCGGGCAGCACCGGUGUCGGAAUCCAGUCGGGCGGCGGCCAACCCGCCGCCGUCGACUCCCGACUCGCGGUACCGCGAGCCGGGCACGUUCCUGACCCAGCUCGUCGAGUCCGAGUCCGAGUCGUCAGCCGACGAGCACGAUGUGCUUGGCGGGCGGGCAAGAGUCGUUGACUCUGCGUUUGCAGUCGACAUCCGUGCGCUGAGUUGGGACGAGCGUGAGGCUGUGCUCCGCCUCCUCAUUGCCAAACUCAACGGCGUCAACGUCGACGCACCGCCGGGCGUGGCAUCGCAGGCGUCGCCGGUCAGCGUGGCGCCGGCCGGCCGCAGUUCGCCAUCACGGCCGACGCCCACACCGUUGGGUGGGUAUCGCGCGGCCAAGACGCGGGUGCUCUCUGGCGGGGCCUCGCAGCGUGUGCGUGCCACAUCACCGCUCGUGGCCACGGCUGCGUCGCCGCAGCCGUUGCGCAAACGACGGGCGUGAACGAACCCUGUUUGCAGUGUUGCGCUGCGUUAGGGCAGUGCAAGACCGGUAGAUAUUAGCGUGGUUGACCGUGUAGUGAAGAGCUUUUGCGUCCUU